AUGAUCAAACGCCCCAUACCACCUUCGCACCUCUCCAAGGUCCUGCAGAACCUCAACACUGGACCGCGUCUCGCGCUUGACAGGAACCUGAAGGCCGUACGGCUACGGAUGGUCAAGGACGAACACGUCGGUGCGAGACAUUUUGUCAAGGACGAGUUGCCAAGGAUUCGGUGGGCGAAUCCUGCGCUGGAUAUUCAGGUCGACGAGGUAACGAGGGGGAUCGCGAGGCCGGAGAUGGAAGUUGAGUAUGAAAAUGGUGCCACUAAAACCAUUGACAUGUCUCACAAAUGGUCGACCGCGAUUACCAAGGAGCUCAUGGACAUUGCCGGUGGGGACGCAUGGAAAGCAUACAGAGCGGCUGCGAUGAAAGCUGGUCACCCUCUUUUACCAGGGGAGGAUCGGGAGCGCGUGGUUGCCGCGAGUAGGGCUGUGCGGAGGGAUUCUUCCGCUGAGAUGUUAGGUGCGCCAGAUCGACCGAGGACGGGCGCCGCUGCCAUAUUGCCUUGA